AUUUCACGAGCGUUGCGAACGGCAAGUGAGAAACUUAUAACUAGUAAAGAGACAUUUAUUACAUAACACACUAAAUCACGGCUGCAACAAAGAGAGAACGAUGCAAUAGCGCUGAUAGAACAGCUCGAACGCAGCUCGUAUCAAUUCCUAAAUUUGUUCUUAGGGUGCGAUCUCAUGGCUUCUAUUUCUUGCGUAACCAAUAAAUUGCGACGUUUAAUAUUUUUGUUGAAAUAUCUGUGAGAAUGGAAAGAUGUGAUUGGUUAUACUAUAUAUGUACUAUAUUUACUAUAUUAUACUAUAUAUAUUACGCGAAAUAUUAGAGAUCGCAUCUUCAGUGCCAGCACUGCCAGCAGUGCUGUCUGGUGCAGAAAAAAAGAACAGACCUAGUAUACGUGUAAGAACUUGUGGAAACAUGCACGUGUGUUGGUUUUGCUAGUUUUGAAACUGUUCGAAAAAACAAUUGUAAAAUGUAUAAUCGCAUAAGACAAUGUCUGAUUGUAUCGGUACAAAUUCACAGAAGAUUUGCGACACAAUCGAACUAUGAAAAAAUUUUGUUGGAACGUGCAAAGAACUUUCGUGUAAACACUUCGUGGACCGGUGCUGCGUGCAGACGAUGCAUGUGUGGUGGCGUACAAAAUGUUGUCAAGAAGGAACUUGUUCAAGCGUAUUCAAAAGAAGACGCACAGCGCAAACUGGACGAAUUUCUGUCCGAUCCCGAGAACAAAAAGUUAGCUCAAAUAAUAGAAUUAGAAAUAGACGUGUUGCGACACAAUGCCGAAAAGGUUCCUAAUGGUACCAUCGCUCCAAGAGAGUGGUUGGUACUAUUUAAGUUAGAAACCAGGUCGCAAAGAAAAAAGUACUUGCACUUCUUGUGGCAUAAUGAGAAAACAAGGGAAAAUAAAGCAGCAAAGAAAGAGGCAAAAAAGGCUGAGUGGCUUGUCAAAAAAGCAGAGCUAGAAAAAAAAGAGGCCGAAGAAGAUACCAAUGAAAUGAAAUACGGACUCGGGCAUAACACAAUAUUUAUGCGCAUAUAUGAAUCAACGAUGAAUAACUUUUAUAACGGUAGAGUCAUUCUACAUGCUAUGAUGUAUGAACCAAAAAUUGUGUUUGAUUGUAGCUAUGAGGAACAUAUGACAAUAUUUGAGAUUCAGUAUUGCGUGCGACAAUUGAUUAUGGCAUUUUCCAACAAUCGUACUCAUGAAAAUCCCAUGUUUCUUUACUUCUGUAAUUUCAACAAAGAUGGAUUUCUCGGACAGAAUUUCUACAGACAAUUGCCUAUUGCGGACGAUGUUGAUUUUCCAGCUGUUAUAACGACACAAUCUUACUUAGAUCUGUUUCCAAAAGAGAAGUUGGUGUAUCUUACUCCACACUGUAGGAAUGAUUUAGAAGAAUUUGAUCCCGAAGCAAUAUAUAUCAUCGGUGCGAUGGUUGACAAGACUAGUCCAAAACCUCACUCUCUGGCAAAAGCUAAAAAGGAAGGUAUUCGCAUGGCCAAAUUACCAUUAGAAAAAUAUCUUGAGUGGGGUACCGGUUCAACAAAAAGUUUCACUCUUAAUCAGAUGAUGUCAAUAUUAUUGGACGUGAGACAUACAAAAGAUUGGAAGAAAGCGUUGAGUUCUCAUGUACCAAGUAGGAAAUUAAAAGCAACCAGAGACUAUAUGUUACAGAAAAAGCUACAAAAGGCUCUUGAACUUGGACCUGCGAAACCUUUCAAUCCAGAAGAAUAUAGAUUUCUUAAUAGAAAACUUAAAUAAUUGCGAUGUGUAACAAUCAUCACCUAAUUAUUGUAUAUGUAUCAGAUUGUAUAUUACAAAA